AUUGAGGCCAAGUAGCGGCUCCCUUGUGGCACAGCGGCUGCGCAAAUGAAUUUUUCAGCUGCAAAAAAUGAAAUUAUGCAGCUGUUAUCGCGAGUAGAUAUCGGGGCGAUUUCAAAAGUGAUACAAUGGAUGAAAACCUCAGGUGAACUGGAUGACUACUUCAGUGACAAUGAUAAAGUUACCCUCCAAAGUAUUGCAGAGGAUCUCAGGGCUUGUCUGCCGGUGGAAGCCACGUUCUCCUCGGAGUCUUUCGCCAUCCAGAAGGCACAACAAAACCCCAAGCCGCUGGUCCACGUAGAUGCAUUCUUGUAUGACGAGGACAUAGUGGACGCCCUCUGCGAGGAAGGCAAGAUGAGCCGGUACUACUGCCUCCAAUGUGGGUCCCACAGAACGGCCCCUCUUGAGUUCAUCUCCCACUCUUUUUCCACCAUGGAGCUCCAGUACAUCUUCAGGCAUGUUCUCCCAGACCUAAGUGGCCAGCUGGUGGUGGACGUUGGCUCACGGUUGGGCGCUGUGCUAUAUGGGGGGUACCUCUAUAGCUCAGCAGCUAAGCUUGUCGGAGUGGAGAUCAGUGCUGAGUUCAUUGGCCUUCAGAAGAUGAUCGUAGAAAAGUAUGGAUUUGCUGACCGAAUUGAGAUCAUACAUGCAGACAUCUGCUCUCAAGUAACCCUCCUUCAGAAUGCUGAUGUUGUUAUUAUGAAUAAUGUGUUUGAGUAUUUCCUUGAACUCGAUGCCCAAAUAAGGGCAUGGCAGUGUAUCAGAUGGAAUGUCAGAAAAAAAGGUUCACUACUGGUUACUGUGCCUAGUAUUACAGAGGCUCUUUCUCCACUACAAGGGAAAAAUGGAAGUAUUGACAUAGAUGAGUGGGUGGAAGAGCUGCCACUUAACUACAAUGUGUACCUGGGAAAAGACAGUGACCCAGAGGGCCUUGAACAGAUUCACCUCUAUCGAGUCCUCUGACCAGGGACACGGCAGAAUCACGCUGUACAAUUUUACACUCCCACAUGGCACUAGUGUACUGAAGCUCUCUGGACAGGGCACCACUUGCCUGGAACUGAUAGCUGCCGCCUGCAACCACUGUUCUGUCGCCAGGAGCCACCAGCAGCCAACCUUGAACAACAGGAUCAACCAGGAGCCUUGUUUCUGGCCUUGGCUUCCAUGGACUGUUGAGCUGCUUCACUUUUGUACUACACCUAUGCACCCAGAUCCCAGAUGCACCCACAGCAGAAUGCCCAGGAGGGGUGGGCAGCCACUGGUACUUGGCCCCCCAGAGGUUUAUUUUUCUCCUUGUCUUUGUGGCGAGAAUUUUUUUUGUUUUCCUCUCCUCAGCUGCCAGUUGGUUUAUUCUAAUAGCUAACUGUAAUUGCUGCCCUUCUCUAUUGUAUCAUUCCCUAGAAUUUUUUUUAGUGCUGUGUCACCCUGGUUAAAAAGCAUUCUCCAAAAAUAAUUUAAAUUGAGUUGAAUUGAAUUCUUACUUUGAC